CAUUAUACUUUAUACAUUUUAUGUACAUCUCUUGCAAAGUGUUAAUAGAUCGUACAUAAGAUUAAUUGAUAUUGCAUUGUUGACGAGAGUUUUAAAUAUUAAAUAAAUAAUUCAUUUACAAACUAAUAUGAAUUUACAUUCGAAAAUAUUUUGUGAAAGACGAAGAUCGCAGAUACCAUUGUUACAGGUGGUUGUCAGGAAUUAUGCUAAUACAUACAAACAAUGUUCCACGGAGAAGAAAUAUAAAUUUUCUAAAAACACACAAAAAUCUGUUACGUCAUAUGCACCAUAUGUUGCUGUAGCUGCAUCAGUUUUAGGUAUAUCCUAUUAUGUUUUUAAAUAUAAAAGGAACAUUUAUACUUUAAAUGCAACACAAAAUAUACAAUGUGGUCAAUUACGAAAGGAUAUGAAGGUCUACACUAUGGAAGAAAUAGGAAAACAUGAUAAUAAAGAAAAUGGUAUUUGGGUUACCUUUAGACAAGGAGUAUAUGAUAUAACAGAAUUUGUAGACAAACAUCCAGGUGGUUCCUCAAAAAUUUUGAUGGCAGCAGGAGGUUCAAUUGAUCCUUUCUGGUCAAUUUUUGCCAAUCACAAUACACCUGAAAUAUACUCAUUAUUAGAAUCUAUGAGAAUAGGAAAUAUAUCAGAAGAAGAUGCUAAAUCUAAUAAGAAUGAUUUGUAUGACGCAUAUGCAAAUGAACCUACUAGACAUAAAGCUUUAAUAAUCAAUGGCCAUAAACCUUUCUGUGCAGAACCACCAUCUUCGAUGUUAGUUGAAAGUUUUAUUACACCAGUUGAUCUCUUCUAUGUUAGAAAUCAUUUACCAGUUCCAGAAAUAGAUUUAAAAGAUUACACAUUAGAAUUAGCUAUAGAGGGGGAGAUUAAAAAGACACUUGAUUUUGAGGCAAUAAAAAAGUAUGACAAGCACACAAUAACAGCAGCUGUCAUGUGUGGUGGAAAUAGACGAUCAGAAAUGUCAAAGGUAAAAAAGUUGAAAGGAAUUAACUGGAAUGUAGGCGCGGUUGGAAAUGCCACGUGGAGUGGUGCACGAUUAUGUGAUGUAUUAAGAGAUUUGGGAAUCAAUGAAGAUGCAUUUAAUCAUAUUCAGUUUGAAGGAUAUGAUUUAGAUCCAUCUGGUGCACCGUAUGGUGCAAGUAUUCCAAUCGCGAAAGCUAUGGAUCCAAGAGCAGAUGUGAUUUUAGCAUAUGAAAUGAAUGGUAAAUCAUUAAGCAGAGAUCAUGGAUUCCCGAUUAGAGUAAUCGUUCCUGGUGUUGUGGGUGCGAGAAAUGUGAAAUGGCUUAAUAAAAUUUGCGUUUCAAAGCAAGAAAGUCAAUCGCAAUGGCAGCAGGGUGAUUAUAAAGGAUUCUCUCCGAGUACAAAUUGGGAUAAUGUAGAUUUUAGUAAAUCGCCUGCGAUACAAGAAAUGCCCGUAAUAUCGGCGAUAUGCGAUCCACAAGAUUCAGAUGUAGUUGAAAUAAAAAAUGGAAAAAUACAAGUAAAAGGUUAUGCAUGGUCUGGUGGUGGUCGAAAAAUAAUCCGUGUCGAUGUAACAAAUGAUAAAGGAAAAACUUGGUAUACAGCAGAUUUGGUAGAAGAUCUUCAAGCAAAGCAAGGUCGAUACUGGAGUUGGUCAUUAUGGAGAGUGGAACUUCCAGUUGAGAAGAAUAUUAAUGAAAUUGAAAUUUGGGCAAAAGCAGUUGACUCAGCAUAUAAUGUUCAACCUGAAAGCUUUGCUAAUAUUUAUAAUAUUCGAGGAUUACUUUGCAAUGCAUAUCAAAAAGUUAAAAUUCAAUUAAAACAAUAAAUAUGAAUUGGCUACUUUUUUCGACUAGUAAGUAAUCUGAGCUUGUAUCUUAUGAAUUAAUCAUUUGGGUGUGGCAAUUAUAUAAUUGCCAAAAUUCCAGAUAAUAGUACUAUGUUAUAUUGAUUAUAUUGAUAAAUCAUUUAUCAGAUUAAU